UAGAGUCAGUUCUUUUAUCAGCCGCUGUUUUGUAACAUUUGAACAACUCAGAACGAAAACGGUAAAGGCUUUGAAGGUUUCGUGUUUAUAGAAUCGCCUCUUGUGUGAAAAACAAUGCCACCAAGUAGAUUUUAUUCUUGAUUUUUAGAGUCGACAUCUUCCGUACUUGACUAGAUUGGUUGUUCGUCUGCUGUCGGAAUCAGGUCUCGAUCUAUCCGUGGAGUUGAACUGAGGAUUAUCAAAGCCAUGCCAAAAGGAGGUUACAAUGCUGCGGAUGAAGUUGAAGAAGAGUGUAACUUUUGCACCCACAUACUGGGUUGGAUGGCGCUCAUUUUUAUGAUCCCUGUUUUCCCAUUGAUCCUUAUGGUUAGCAUAAAGAAUGUACAGGAGUAUGAGAGAGCUGUGAUCUUCCGGCUGGGUAGACUGGUGAGUGGAGGGGCCAAAGGGCCAGGUAUGUUUUUUAUUUAUCCAUGUGUUGACAGUUUCACAAAGGUUGACCUGAGAACAGUGACAUUUGAUGUCCCACCACAAGAGAUUUUGACCAAAGACUCUGUAACAGUGGCAGUGGAUGCCGUGGUGUACUAUCGGAUACAGAACGCUGUAGCUUCCAUCACAAAUGUCGCAGAUGCGCACAGAUCUACACGUCUUCUGGCCCAGACCACACUCAGGAAUUUCCUUGGAACAAAAACCCUGGCUGAGGUUUUGUCUGACAGAGAAGAAAUCAGCAGUUUCAUGCAGACUGCCUUGGAUGAGGCCACUGAUCCAUGGGGGGUGAAGGUGGAGAGAGUGGAAGUUAAGGACGUUCGCCUGCCUGUCCAGUUACAGAGAGCUAUGGCUGCUGAGGCCGAGGCAACAAGAGAAGCCAAGGCAAAGAUAAUUGCGGCUAAAGGUGAAGAGGAUGCUUCUAAAGCCCUGAGGGAGGCGGCAGAAGUCAUGUCCGUCUCAUCCGGGGCUUUACAGCUGAGAUAUCUCCAGACACUCAACACCAUUGCCGCUGAGAAGAACUCUACCGUCAUUUUCCCACUGCCCAUGGAGUUUGUCAGCAGUUUUAACAGUCAUGGAAAACAUGGACCAAAGUCUCAUUAGUUGUAUGACUUCUUUACAAACAAAUGUAUUAUACAUGAGCGUUGAUCAUCUUCUCACUGCCAUUGGAGUUUGUCAGCAGUUUUAACAUGAACCAACCAUUAGGCCAGUUUUAAUAGGCACAUGCGGCAUGUAAUCACGGUUUUCUAACUGCACAUGUGCCUGCACGUCAGUAGUUUUAUCAGGCCUAGAAACCACAGACCAAAGCCUCAAUAGUACCUCUUCUGAUAAGCAAAUGUAUCAUACAGUGUGUCGAAAAUAUGUUUUUGAAAAUUGAAAUUUUUGCAAAUUGGCUUCAUCAUUUUCACUGAUGGUAACCAGUUGGUUUAAAUCAUAUUCCACUGUUUUAAUCUGAAAACUUUGUUGACUUCAUUUUUAGCUUUUCAUUGUUGAAACAUUGAGUUACAUCCACAUUUAUUCCCUUCAGUGUUCUCUUUAAGUUAACCCUAGAAGUUUAACAUUUUUUUAAAAUACUAUUAAUAUUGUUGUAGAUUCGUGUAUAUGUUGUUGAGGAGUAAAAUUUGUUGACAAAAUGGA